AAAAGAGCGAGUGAUCAGGAAUGACUGUGCGUCUGUCUGGAGGGGGAGGGCGGGAGGAGAGAGAGGGAGAGAGCGAGAGAAAGAGAGAGAGACAUUUUCAUCCAAACCGCUCCGUUUUUUCCACAGCCUAUCUCUGCUGCGCGGCUAAGCGCAGCUCCCUAUUGUUUAAACUGUGAGGGGGGAAAAACAUUCCGCUUGUUCUAUAAGCGCACCCAGUGAGUCAUUUUUUGAUGUGAUGCUCGUUUUCUCUGCUCUGAAUGCUGCAUUCAUUUUCAACUUCUCCGAUUUCUCCACUUAGACUUAAGCUGCAUCAUGAAUAGUUUGGGGGCACCUUUGAAUCGCAUACCUCUGGAAUGGUGGGGAUUACACAGCCGAAACCUGGAGAGCAUGUAAACGCAGAUGGAGUUUGGGAUUUAUUGCAAAAUAAGGGAAAGAUGACCGUCUUCUCAUUGUGCUUGCUCUUGUGCGCAGAUCUACUGGAUUUAGCCGUCGGAUAUUUGACAGUUACCAUAGAGCCCCUGCCUCCUGUUGUUGUUGGUGAGACUGUUACUCUCAAGUGUAACUUCAAAACUGAUGGAAGGCUGCGUGAGAUUGUUUGGUAUAGGGUCACAGAUGGAGGUACUAUCAAGCAGAAAAUCUUCACCUAUGAUGCUAUGUUUAAUACAAAUUACUCUCACAUGGAGGACUACCGCAGGCGUGAAGACCUUGUAUACCAGUCAACUGUCCGACUCCCAGAGGUCAGGAUCUCAGACAACGGGCCUUAUGAAUGCCAUGUGGGCAUCUACGACCGGGCAACGAGGGAGAAAGUUGUCCUGGCUUCAGGGAAUGUUUUUCUUACGGUUAUGUCACCUCCAAACAACAUAUCAGUGGUGGCAGAAAACACUCCAGCCCCUUUCAGUCGAUACCAAGCCCAGAAUUUGACUCUUGUCUGCACUGCAAAGGGAGGGAAACCAGCCCCAUCGGUAUACUUUAAGCGAGAUGGUGAGCUGAUAGAGGUGAUCUCCUACACUCUACCGUCCGCCAACGACCAGGGGAGCAGCUCAGCAGGGGUGAGAGGAGCCAGGCCACUGAUCAGCAGGGACCUUGAUGACACUAAGUUACAGCGGUCCCUCUCCCUCUUGGAUCCCGAAGGACGAUCGCCCCGCUUGUACACAGAGAGCCCCCAACGUGUCCACACUCAUGGACAACAGGCCUACGAACCCAGCCCUGCAACAGAGGUCAUUCCAGAGACAGUAGUGAGCCGGGAGUUCCCCCGCUGGGUGCACAGCACAGACCCACUCUACUACUUUAGCCACACUCACAUCCCCCAGAGUGAUGGCUCUGUGGUGGUGCAGGCCCGACUUACUUGGACCCUCAACCCCCAGUUAGAUAAUGAUGCCCUGUUCAGCUGCGAAGUGAAGCAUCCAGCACUGUCCAUGCCUAUGCAGACAGAGGUCACUCUAGCUGCUCCAAAGGGUCCUAAACUUUUGAUGUCCCCCAGCAGGGCAAAGGUAGGGGACACAGUGCGCAUCACUGUGCAAGGAUUCCAGAAUGAGGUUUUCCCUGAGCCACUCUUCACCUGGACAAGGGUGGGGGGCCGCCUGCUGGAUGGGAGCACUCAGCGAGAGGGGAGGGAGCUGAUUCUGGAGAGAGUGCCAGCUGAGCUUAACGGCUCCAUGUAUCGUUGCACAGCCCAGAAUCCUCUGGGUUCCACAGAUACGCACACUCGCCUCAUAGUCUUCGAAAAUCCAAGCAUGAUGAAAAACACACAGAAUCUCAACAAUGAAGCCCCCCGCAUGGAUAUGCUCGGAUUAACGUGGAUGGCACUUGUCCUCACAGUGACAGUGGAACUGACGUGAAACCUCUCAUCCAAGACGUUCUCGCUCACACAUAUACACGCAUACUUGCCCUUCUUAUGUAACAUCAACACAUGCACACAGUAACACACACACACACACACACAAUCACACAAAACACAAUUCCCACAGUCCCACAAGCCUUCUCCAGUCAUCAACAGACCCUGCAUACGUCAGUCGAUCAGGAAACAGUGCCACCACAUGAUGGCUCUACACUGUUUUUGUAACAAAAAUAAUAACCAAGAUAAUGAUAUGAAAAGAACAACAUGAUGAACAUGACAGUAUCCACCUCCUAUAUAGCCCCGCCCAGUUACACCUUUUUUUCGUUUCUUGUCCCACGUCUGCCUGUUGACCAAUAAAAUCAGUUGAUUUGAAAUGGAAAAGAAAAAAAGCAUUGGAUUUUAUUUUAUUGACUCACAAUAUUAUUGGUACUGAGAUGUGAAAAAUGGAACUGAUUUUAGACUGCGCCACCACAUCAACCACACCUGCUACAUAUCCUGGGAUGUACCUGACUAAGAGCAAGCUGAUAAACCAUGGGAGAAUAAAUACAGAUGCUCUAAGUGGAGACGCUUUUUUAUUAAUAUACAAAUUUCUUUUUUUCUUUUCUUUUGUUUUCUUUCUGAUGGCUCAGAAUGUACAAGAGGAUUUAAAUGCAGAAACUAGAAAAAAAAAUCUCAUUUUGAGUGUAUUUUGUGUACAUCAGUGUAAAUACUGAAAAAUAAUUAAAAGAGGUUAUAUGGGUUAUGGUGAGGGAUGGUUGCUGAAAUAAUUGGAGUUUACACUCCUCCACCCUUGUUUGUACUUCAUUCAACUCUGUUUUCAGAGAUAAUUCUUGGCUGAAAAGGAUGGAAACAUUAACAGCCUUUUUGUUUCUCAUUUGGGCUUUUUAUAUCUAUAUGGCAGGUCUCCAAGGACAGAGUAAAAAGUAUCUAACAUAUGUCUGCUGUUUUGGGGUUGUGGUGCAUGUGACGUUUGAAGAUUCUUUCUCCUUUUGGUGUGUUGCAAAUGACAGCACUGCAACUCAUUGUCACUGGCCUGUAAUCCAGUUAUUUACUUGUGACAUACUAUCUUAAGUGACCUACAUUGUGUACAAUACGUAACUCUUACCCAGACAUUUACAGUACUAGUAGGAUCAUUUUAGCCGCCAUCCCAGGGAGGAGUUCACCUGAGGCAGCUUGUGUAAACAGGGUUGUUGCAUUUGUUUCAUUUCACCUCUAUUAAAAUGGAGAGAUGACAAAACUCAAAAGCCUUGACUUUGCUUAAAACAGUGUUCAACGGUGUUUUACAAAUUAUUUUUAUUGUCCUGCCUCUUUUAAUGCUGUGUACAGGCAAUAUGCAGCAUUAUUACUCAUACCGAAGACACAUGCUAAUCAAGAUGGUUGAAAGAACUGUUGAAAUUAUUUAAAUAAAA